AUGGAGUGGGGGUCGGAGUCGGCGGCGGCCGUGAGGCGGCACCGCGUCGGAGCGGAGCGCCGGGACGACGCGCAGCCGGGGAGGGAGGCCGCGGCGCGGGAGCCCCCGCGGGACACGUGCGGCGGCGGCGGCGGCGGCGGCGGCGCGAGGACCCGGAAGCGGAGCGCGGGGGGCGGCGGCGGCGGCGGCGGUGGCGGUGGCGCGGGGACCGGGCUGCCCGAGGCGCGCGCCGCGCUGGGGCUGGCGCUCUACCUGCUCGCGCUGCGGGCGCUCGUGCAGCUGUCGCUGCAGCAGCUCGUGCUGCGCGGGGCCACCGGGCGCCCCGGGGAGUUCGACGCCCGCCAAGCCAGGGAUUAUCUUGAACACAUAACAUCCAUUGGCCCGAGGACCACAGGAAGUCCAGAAAAUGAAAUUGUGACGGUCCGUUACCUCUUGGAACAGAUUAAACUGAUUGAAGUUCAGAGCAACAGCCUUCACAGGAUUUCAGUAGACGUGCAACGGCCUACCGGCUCCUUUAGCAUUGACUUCUUGGGAGGUUUCACAAGUUACUAUGACAACAUCACCAAUGUCGUGGUGAUGUUGGAGCCCAGGGAUGGGGCCCAGCACGCUGUCCUGGCCAACUGUCAUUUUGACUCUGUGGCAAACUCACCAGGUGCCAGUGAUGAUGCCGUUAGCUGCUCAGUGAUGCUGGAAGUUCUUCGUGUCUUGUCAACGUCUUCAGAAGCCUUACAUCAUGCUGUCAUAUUUCUCUUUAAUGGUGCUGAGGAAAAUGUCCUACAAGCCAGUCAUGGUUUCAUAACUCAGCACCCCUGGGCCAGCUUGAUUCGUGCAUUUAUUAACUUGGAGGCAGCGGGUGUGGGAGGGAAAGAACUUGUGUUUCAAACAGGUCCUGAAAACCCGUGGCUGGUCCAGGCAUAUGUUUCCGCUGCUAAACACCCGUUUGCUUCUGUGGUGGCUCAGGAGGUUUUUCAGAGUGGAAUAAUUCCUUCAGAUACCGACUUCCGCAUCUAUAGGGAUUUUGGGAACAUUCCAGGAAUUGACUUAGCUUUUAUUGAGAAUGGAUACAUUUAUCACACCAAAUAUGACACAGCGGACAGAAUUCUAACAGAUUCCAUUCAGAGAGCAGGUGACAACAUCUUAGCAGUUCUUAAGUAUCUAGCUACGUCUGAUAUGUUGCCUUCUUCUUCUAAGUAUCGGCAUGGGAACAUGGUCUUCUUUGACGUGCUCGGCCUGUUUGUCAUCGCCUACCCCUCUCGUGUCGGCUCCAUAAUUAACUACAUGGUGGUAAUGGCUGUUGUGUUGUACCUGGGCAAAAAGUUCUUGCAGCCCAAACGUCAGACCGAAAAUUACCCGAAGGACUUCCUCUGUGCACUCGGCAUCACUCUGAUCAGCUGGUUCACUAGCCUGGUCACCGUGCUCAUCCUGGCAGUGUUCGUCUCUCUUAUCGGACAGUCCCUAUCGUGGUACAACCACUUCUACGUGUCUGUCUGUUUGUAUGGGAUGGCGGCCGUGGCCAAAAUAAUACUCAUCCAUUCCCUCGCCAAGAAAUUUUAUUAUGUGAAUGCCAGUGACCAGUAUCUGGGAGAAGUGUUCUUCGACACCUCGCUGUUUGUGCACUGCGUCUCUCUUGUGGCUCUCACGUCUCGAGGACUGUGCUCGGCGUUUAUUAGCGCUGUCUGGGUGGCCUUUCCCUUGCUCACAAAGCUUUGCGUGCACAAAGACUUGAAGCAGCAUGGUGCCCAAGGAAAAUUUAUUGCCUUCUACCUUUUGGGGAUGUUUAUCCCUUAUCUUUACGCGUUAUACCUCAUCUGGGCAGUGUUCGAGAUGUUUACACCAAUCCUUGGGAGGAGUGGUUCUGAAAUCCCACCUGACGUUGUGCUGGCUUCCAUUUUGGCUGGUUGUACGAUGAUCCUCUCUUCUUAUUUUAUUAACUUCAUCUACCUUGCCAAGAGCACCAAAAAAACCAUGCUGACUUUAACUGCAGUGUGUAUGGUCACCUUCUUCCUGGUCUGCAGUGGCGCAUUCUUCCCGUAUAGCUCUCAUCCCGCCAGUCCAAAGCCAAAGAGAGUGUUUCUUCAGCACAUGACUAGAACAUUUCAUGACCUGGACGGAAACGUCAUUAAACGGGACUCUGGAAUAUGGAUCAAUGGGUUUGAUUACACUGGAAUGUCUCACAUAACCCCUCAUGUUCCUGAGAUCAACGACACCAUUCGAGCUCACUGUGAGGAGGAUGCACCGCUCUGUGGUUUCCCGUGGUACCUCCCGGUGCACUUCCUCAUCAGGAAAAAUUGGUAUCUUCCUGCUCCAGAAGUUUCUCCAGGAGAUCCUGCUCAUUUCAGACUUGUGUCCAAGGAACAGACACCCUGGGAUUCUGUAAAGCUGACGUUUGAAGCAACAGGACCAAGCCACAUGUCUUUCUACGUUCGAACCCACAAAGGGUCAACACUUUCUCAGUGGUCUCUUGGCAAUGGCACCCCAGUCACAAGUAAAGGCGGGGACUACUUCGUAUUUUACUCCCACGGGCUCCAGGCCUCUGCAUGGCAGUUCUGGAUUGAAGUACAGGUCUUGGAAGAACGGCCUGAAGGAAUGGUCACCGUGGCCAUUGCCGCCCACUACCUUUCUGGGAAAGACAAGAAAUCCUCCCAGCUGGAUGCUCUGAAGGAGAAGUUCCCAGAUUGGACAUUUCCCUCUGCUUGGGUGUGCACCUACAAGCUCUUUGUGUUUUAAUCUUCUGGAUGAGCUCUGAGUAUAUGCCCAGCAGGACACUCCAUGUGACACGGUUUCUCCUGGCGUCACAGGGAUGUGUGUGAGUCGGUGAUUGCUAAAGAGCACACGUUCAGAGAGCUUAGUGGGCUAACACUCCUCAGGGCCAAGCACCCCAAUGGUUAUGCUGGGGGUAGCGAUGCAUGGCCUUUUUGACACUUGAAAAUGCCAGUUUCCUGGCACUUAAGCACAUGUGGGUACUACCACUGCACACGUAAGUCAUUUUAUAUGACCUUAAGGAUAAAAGCCAACAAACCACUUCAAUCCCCUUAGGAUCAUGAACGAUGUAGAAAGGUACUGUAAGUUAAUGAGACAAAUGACAUUCCCAAUUUAAGCCAAGACCAUUUGUUUUGUCAGUGGACGGAUCGGUUUUGUCAGACCUCGGGACUGAACCACAGGUAUUAGAAGGUGGUUACCGCAGAGGCCCCAGCCCCCAGUGUGGGAACCUGUGCCGAGCUGGGGACUCUUGUCCUUCCCACAAGCGGUCACUGACCAAGAGCCAUCUCUGUGAUGCUUUCCUGAGUUGCUUUCAGGGCCCAGUCUAUAUACCUUUUCCCUCUUCCACUUUGCCAAUUUAAGAGGAGCAUUUGUUUAGCCACAUGUCCUGCUGGGGCUGGACGUUUUAUAAAUAUUCAUUUAAUAGGAGUGUUGUUAUCCAAGGUUGAUCCUUUGGGGCAUAAUUUUUUUGAUGCACUGACUCCUAUGUUUUGUCCAAGUGUGCAUCCAUCCAGCAGGGCUGGCUUUCCUCAGGCUCCAGGGGGUGCCUGACAUGGGAAUGAGGCUGCAGUACCUGGAGCCGCUGAGGUGCUUUCCAUUCUGUGUGGCUUGGGAGGUGGGUCUCGGCAGGGUCUCUCAGGGCUGUGAGGCUCCGGCAGUGGAAGGGUUUGGGGAGAUGAGUGCUUGCUUUUUUCCAUUAAGAAAUUGAAAAGGUUGAACAGAUUAAGCUUAGCAAGCAUAGGCCAAAAAGCCACUUAAAAGAAAAGCCAUAGUAAAACAGUGGCACCACGUGUGCGCCCCAGGAGGAGAUCCUUGAAGCUGCUUUUGCUGUGUGUGCAACAUGCUUCUGUAAUCCUGCUCCGCCCACUGCCUUGUCUGUGACCCCCGACCCUGGCUGUCAUGUGAAAGGAUUGGGGACCUUGUAGGAACUGUUCCUUACCAGUUUCAAGUGUGUCAAGUACCUGCCCCCCCCCACCCCCCCCAACCUGUCAGGCCUGAAUCUGUCAGGUGGUGAAUAAGGACUACAGUGUUUGUGGCUUGUAUAGAAUCAGAGUUGUGGACAAAAAGUAAUCUCUAAAUGAAUUUCAAAUGUCCCUGUGGUUAAUUUGAGAUUUGCCGGGGGGGGGGGGGGGGGGUGUGUGUGUCCUAGGCUGAGGAAGGGCAUUUUAUAAAGUUACUCAUAAUUUUUUUUUCCCCCUUUGGGAAGAAUGUUCUUGCCUUUCAGUAAUGAUCAUGGUUUUCUUUUUGCCUUCACAUUAUUUUCCUUUUGUUUUGGUUUUCAGGAUGCUCACUCGUCUCAGGGCAUGCUUAGUACUGGGGCAGAUUGUUUUGGUACCAGAAAGGGCUGAGGAGUUACAUCCCUAAUAUUCCCGCCUCUGAGGCUGGAGUAUCUCAUCCUUCAUAGCUCACUUAUAAAAGGGUCUUUUCAAAUUCUAACAAAUGCAGUUUUUCCUACAGAAUUUAAAUGUAAAUAGCCCAGUAUUGAGCAUUCAGUGAAAAUGUGAAGAACUGUGAUUUUGAAGAAAUGCUGGAAAUUUACAGACUGUUGCAUGAAGUAUGUGUUUGACAUUUUAGCUGAUGGCAAUGAGCAGGACAGGAUGGCUAAGUGUCACCAUGAAAGGGUCCCAGCUGCUCACUCAGGAAGCCACAGGAAAAACGCUUGUCUUUACUUCCUUUUCACUGAAUUGUUGCCUUAUGUUACUGAAAUAAACUUUUUAACCUGUUAGUAUCUUUAACUGAAAAACCA